CUUCUUUCCAACCGUGUGCAUUCGGGAAAAGUUUCGUUCUAUUACAUUUGUAAAGUAAACCAGCCGUUCGUCAAACGAUAAAUAAAUAUACGAAAAAAGUGAACUAUGUUUAGUUUUGUUGACGACAAGAAGUGAUUGAUAUUGUUUUCAAAAAUUUUAAAGUCCAAAAUAAUAAAUCAUCACAACAUUUUGCCAAAGUACAAACAAAAUUAAAUGUAGAUAUAUAUGUUGAGAAGCUACUGGAACACUUGUAUCCUUGCGUCAGCUGUACCGAACCAAUAUGGCCGCUGUUUAUAAAUACCUACAACGCUCACUUGCAUCUUGUGCCCCAUUGUUAAUUAUAAUGUUGGUGUUUGAAAUCAUACCCUUGACGUCAUCCGGCACGAACGGACGUGUUCUUAGAACGGAACAUGCAGGAAAUGAAAGAUAUCCGUUCGACAUAAAUCUAAAAUCGCACAAAAUGGAUAGAAGAAGGCCCGUGGAUUUGAAGAUGACGACAAGUUUGCCGAAACGUCAUGUUCCAGUUGUGAAGGCUCAAACCAGAUCAAGAGCAAUAUUGCACUGCAAUAUCUCUGAAAUUGAUGAACAAGAAAAUGUAACGUUAAUUUGGAGCAAGAAAAAUGAUAAGAAUGAAUUUGUUAAUAUUACCAUUCUACAAAUGGAAGAACUAACUGACAAGAUAACAACAUGUGUAGAAAACGACAAACGAUUUAUUGCCAAAAGAAAUGGAACGGAUUGGUGUCUACACAUAAGAUACACGAUGAAUUCGGAUGCCGGCAUUUACCAGUGCCAAAUACGCCACGGUUUUCCGCCAACCAAAUAUUCCACUACGAACGUAGUCUUAAGAUUAAUUGAUGCUCACGCAAAAAUAAUCGGAGGUGAUACGAAGUACAUUCCGAAAAACAAAGAAAUGCCACUUCGCUUAAGCUGCGUACUUAUACACUCCAUCGAACCACCAAAAUACAUUUUUUGGUAUCGUGGAGAUAGGAUGAUAAACUAUGACCUUGAGGACGGAGCCACCGUUCGUGAAGGACCCCAGGGGAGUGAACUGAUCUUUCCGAAGCCGAACGAAAUGCACGUGGGAAAUUAUUCGUGCGUGCCAUCGAACGCUCAGUUAGAUAGUGUCAUGGUGAAAUACGGAAGUAAGGAUAAGUUAGUCAAAGUAAUAAAAAAGGAGACAAAUUGUUCUGAAUGUCUUGACAAUACAAGCAAAUUGUUUUGUUUGAAUAGGUUUUAAAAGGUCUGAUAAAGAAAAAGCACGUUAGACCAUGAAGGAUUUGUUAACAAUGCUUGAACUAUUUAGGACAUAUUACGCAAUAAGAGUUCAAAUACGUAUGCCAUGCACGGGAAGAUUUAUUAAAUAUAGAGAAAUUUUGAUUUCCUUAGAUUACUUUAUGAGAUCGAUUGGCAUAUCAUUACUUAUACUGUUGAAACAUUUAAAAGCCGAGAAACUAAACAUUUUUAUCUCUAUUUGACAAUAGGGGAAGAAGGGGUAAAGUGAAAAAGCCUAACUUUUAAGUUGAAUAUAUAAAAACCAAUUAUGCAAGA